AGCGCUUAUUUACGGCGAUGGCAAACCUGUUCCGUGGCGUGCGGGAAGCAGCGACAGGCGCGUUCAACCUCUUGCGGGGAGAAGUCAUGGCGAUGGCAGCUGAAGGUUCUCCUCCCCACGUGGAAGAGAUCGUACAUUCAGACGACGACGAUGACGACGACGUGCAGUUUGUCGAGCCUCCCCGUGAGAAAGUUCAGGGGACGUCGGUGGUGCCACGGACCAGCAGUACCAGUGACUUUGACCGACAGCAGUCGCGUUUCAAGCCUCCUGCGCGGAAUUCCAUCGUCGGCAGUAGUUUGGAGCACGCCAGCGCGGGGCCAAGCACGGCCAGGCCCAAAGGGCAGUCUGCAAGGACGUCGUUGACCGCAGGGUCCGUACAGUGCGCGUACACCGCCAUUUGCGAGCGUUAUGUGGGUGCGACAACCCUUCUAUUUCAUCACGACCGCCGCGAGAUGGAGAUCCAAUUCCUGACAAAGAACAACAACGUGAAUGCCAUCAACAAGUACUGCAAGCCGCUCGACGUCAUCAAACGGGUGUACUUUCCGUUCAACGAGGUCAAAGCCUUGGGACACAUUAAGGACGAGUCGUUCAAGCUCGUCGUCUUCACUGUAGUCUGGAGCUGCCGAUUGGUGACGUUGCAAGCCAACGGGCUGCAUGAGCCGGCGCCGACGCCCGAGUGUGCGUUUGCUUUCGACGACGACAUGGAGCUGGCCAAGAUGCAGAGCCUCCUGGCCAUUCAUUUCGACCACGUGCCGUGUCCGUCGUUGCUGCUUGAAACUGCAGCAAAGUACCAGCGCGUCAUGGCUCGAAAGUUCAAAAGUUCUUCCAGAUAUUUCGCCCCCGUCGACGACGCGGCGCACCACCCCAUGACCACUCGCCGCGCCGAAAAGCGCAAAAUGUCGUCGCUGUUCUAUCCGCUUUACACGCCAUCGACGUUCGACGAGCCCAUGGACAAAGUGUCUGCCAACGCAUUUGCGUCGUCCCGAGCCCGGCUACGAGACUCCAUGGCCACCUCCGUCCAGCCCUCCUCCACUUGCUCCAACGACCACCACUUGACUGCGAUGGUGGUCGUGGACUCGCCCCGGAAACCCCGCGCCCGAGACGAGGACAAAGCCGCCGCCGCCGCGCGACAACACGCAAAAGACCGCGUGGUGCUGCAUUAUCCCGUAAAACUGGCCAAGAAUCGCAUCACUCUCACCGAAGGCGACGUCGACCGCCUCGUCGAAGGCGAAUUCCUCAACGACAACCUCAUGGACUUUUUCUUCAAGUACUGCUACCAACAGCUGGAUCCGUGGCAGCAGCAGCACAUGUACUUUUUCAGCACGCACUUCUACACGACGUUGGCGCAACAACAGCAGCACCACCAAACCGACGACCUCGACCCGACCUCGGCUGAUCGUUCGUUCGACAAGAUCCGGCGGUGGACCAAAAAUGUAUCGAUUUUCACGCACCGGUUCUUGUUUGUUCCGAUCAACGACAACUGCCACUGGAGUUUAGCCGUGAUUUGCAACCCAGGGUCGUUGGCCCAACCCCCGUUUGUCGAAGAACGAGGCAAUGCGGCGCCGUGCAUUUUAUUCUUUGACUCGUUGAAUUGCCACAACAAGGUCAAGAUCGUGGCUACGUUGCAAGCGUACUUGGAAAAGGAGUUCCAGUCGCGGCACCCCGAGUACUCGUUUGACGCCACGCGCGCGACGCUUGUCGAGCCCGAGGUUCCGCGGCAAACCAACAGCUGCGACUGCGGCGUCUUUGUGCUCUUAUACGCCCUGGAACUCAUCAAACGGUACCCCGGGGGCGUCAUGACUGAAGACGUCGACGUCCAGUGCCGCACGCUGCUCAACCAAGUCAUGUUUGGCCACCAAAACGUGGUCGAAUUCCGCGACUACCUUCAGACGCUGCUCGGGCUCCUCUCCGUGUGGCAGCAAGCCGACAUCUUUGACACCAAGGACAAACUCGAUCAUGCUGGCAUGGGGCUGUUCACCAAUAGUUUUACGUGCUAGGCCCCCUUAUUUAUGACUCGUAUAAUACUACGACCCACAACCAACA